GUAACAUUCCUCUGUCUCCCCCCAGUGUCUUUCCUCCUCCUCCCUCAUGCCCUGGCUCUGUGGGCCUGCACACGUUCCUGUCCAUCUCGAUGUACCUGCACACAGGAGAAGAGCUGUAGUGUGUUGUGUGAUCGCAUCAACAUGGCUGACCUGCCCAAAGAGUUCCCUUGUGAGGCCUCCUCUAUCAAUCUGGACAAGAAUAAUCUAAAAUUCUUGUCCGAGCGGGCCUUUGGUACACUUCCCUCUCUCAAGUCACUCUCCCUUGACCACAACAACAUCUCCUUCAUCACACCAGGAGCAUUCAAAGGGCUACCCAACUUGGUGGAACUCAAAAUGGCCCAUAAUGAGUACAUUCGUUACCUGCACACUCGCACCUUUACAUCACUAAAACGCCUGGUUCGCCUGGAUCUAUCUGACUGCAACCUCUUCAGCAUGCCUGAUCGCAUCUUCAUCGAGCAGACGGCUCUCAAGGAGUUGCUGUGCUUCCAAAACAACUUCAGACGAGUGCCAGGUGCCAUCCGGGGCAUGGAAAAUCUGACACACGUCUACCUGGAACGAAACAGGAUCGAGGCAGUGGCCUACAACUCCCUGCUAGGCCUCACAAGCCUUAAGUAUCUCAACCUCCAGGAGAAUCGCAUCAAUGUGAUCCAUGACGAGGCCUUCAAGGACCUGCAGCAGCUGGAAAACUUCUACUUGAAUGACAAUCUGUUGGCAGAACUGCCUAAACAAGCAUUCAAGGGCCUCAGUCGCCUCAAGAUGCUAAAUCUUGGAGGGAACUUGCUCACCAAUGUCUCUAAGACGUGGUUCAGUGACCUGGUCGAGUUGGAAGUGCUCUACCUGGAUCGAAACCAACUGUGCUUCAUUGAAGAGGGUGCAUUUGAGAACUUAACCAGCCUCAUCACAUUGCACUUAAACAGCAACAACCUAACAGCCCUGCCUUUCUCCGUCUUUCAGCCCAUAUACUUCAUUGGCCGUCUCUAUCUCUUCCGAAACCCCUGGGAAUGCGACUGUAGCCUGGAGUGGUUAAAGGAAUGGAUGGAGAACUAUAAACUGGUGAGGGAUAUUCCAUGUGCAUCCCCAUCCUCAGUGGCUGGUCUGGAUCUUAGUGAGGUGGUCUAUGCCCGUCUUAAUGGCACCUGUGUGGAUCCAGCCGAGCUAAACUUGACUACAGCAUUACCUGACAACCCAACUACUGAGAAUAAGUUUAAUAUCCUCAUCUCCAAGCUGCUGCAGCAAGAACUGAAGGAAGAUUUGGUUAAUUCCACUGAGAGUUUUCGGAAUGGUACCCUACUGGACCCUGCCGAGAGCCAGGUGUCUGGGGGCUAUAAUGGAUUCAGUACUGGCCGAGCCUUGCUAGUGCUUCUGUCUAUGUACCUUAUCCAAGCUGAAACAGGACCUCACUGA